CUGCACAGAGCUUGCCUCCUUUGGCCUGCCUGCCUUCGCCGAUAUAACAGGACCGGCUCCGCACACCAUUCAUUGCGAUAUUCCACACACUCUGCGAGCCCCAGAGAAAUAGAAAAGAGAGAGAUAGACAGAAAGCCAGGCAGGAAACGAAGACUGUCGGUACUUCCAUCCCUCGAGAAAUUUGACACUCCAGGUUGACAAUUGAUUUCCCACUUUCCUACUUUUCGACUCGACUCGGAACCAUGAGGUUGAUUCCCAGGAAGAAGAGAAGCUGGUCGGCUGCCACCGUCGUAGUCAGAAUCAUUGAGAGCUUAGCUCGGCGUCUGAGGAUCAAGAAGCGAAAGGAAGAAGGGUCGUACAAAAAGCGCAGCUUACAAGAGAAUCUGCAGAGUAUCGAUUAGCGACAGGCACAGAUCGAUCUGCUUCAGUCCACGCCGAUGACCGAGGGGGAGUUGGCUAAGGGAUUGAUUUGCAGCUCGAUCAAGAUUUGCUGCUUGAGCCAGUCCAAGUCAUGUCGAAUCAAUCCUGCGAGUUCCACCAGAACAGGAAGAAAAUGCGGGCUCCUUGGAUUGGCUAUGGCAGAAUACUGCAGUUAAACGACGGCAAACCAUGUCCUCUCGUCCACGUUGUAACCAUGCUCCUCCCAAAACCCUUCGCCAUGCCCUCAAAUAUUCAGCACUAGUCCACACUCCCACAAACAGGACUUCUACUGAGAGUUCCCAACGCAUCAAUCCCCCACCAUGGUCGUCCCUGUGGCCAUGCAAGCCGUCCAGACUUAAGGGCCCCUCGACGCUCUUCUAUGUUACUUUUAGAUCAGAGGUUUGGUUCUGUCCGGUGGUUUCAUGGCUCAAAGGGACGAACAAGAAGCUGAGGAAUGAUUCAUCCUCGACGCUUCUCGAGUGUUUCGGGAUCCUGCACUCUUGCCUCCAGCGACAUGAGAUGUGGCAGCAGACGAUGACGAUCAGAUCCAACGCAGUCCAUUUCGGUCGUUGCAGUGAGACCAAUUCUUAAUCUGAUUCAGCUGUUUUCCAUUCUCUUCUAUUCCUCCCACGCCGCCGCCUUUUGGUCCUCCCUUUCCGACAUCAAUUCUUUGAUUCACUCUGAUCGAGGGGAUCGACAUUCCUCCAUCCAAUCCUUCACUCUCGAUUACUCAAUUCAUUCCCCACUCAAAGCUCGUUCACAAAUUCGUGAGUUCACUUUCGAUUUCAGCCUUCUUCUCUUCCAUCCACUCUGACACCAUCUCUGUACAGUCUGCCACAUUAAAUAUACUAUCAGUCCGUCCUUGUCCGCCCACUCGUCACUGGAGCAUGCAAAUGUGGAUAUCAUUGCAUUGACCUGUCGACCUGUCGCGGCAAUCAGCUUCUUCUAGUUGGAAACUCAGGUUCUCCGAAGUUCUGGUCCAUCUAUGAGAAAGGAAGGCGAACUGGAACCGGAGGACGUAGAUGCUCAAGAUGUAGAAAGAACAAAAUUGCUUCGACAUCUCUCUUGCAAUGUAUGACCGACUGACUACAUAUGCCAAACAACUCGCGCACUCCUUUUCAAGACCUGCAUGACUGCAGUUCGAAGCUUGGGUGGCAUCGAUCGACUGAACUCUUCUACUCCAUCGUACCUUCCUCCAAUGGCGGUGCAGUCCAAUCGCAUCCACUGGUUGAAGAAGACAAAGAAGAAGAAGAAGAAGAAUUGGAAGGGCCAAUUUUCAAUGGACCUUCCGGAUCAUUUCGAGCGAUGCUUGAGGGCGUUUCAGAUGGACUCUGAAUGGAUGACCCGAUUAUUUUAUUCAGGAAUGGAUUAGAGACAUCAGAUUCACUCUGAGCUCCUUCGUCCCCAUUUAGACAAAAUCAUAUGCAGAUAACUUCUUUGAGAUCCUUCUCGAUAGUUGACAGUUCUGAGCUGCAGAUGCUGAGAAGCACGUCCUUAUUCCCCAGUACAUUUGGUUUCACCAAGAAACUGACCUGCAGUGGCUGGAGUUCAAUCAUCCCAUCCAUCAUUGCAGAUCAGCUCCUCGGAAGAUCAGGCAGCAGACGAAGGAUCACAAUCGAGUGGGACCAUAAUAGUACUUGUAAUUACUGUACAGAAGUAGUACCAGGCUUCUUUUUUCUAGUUCUAAGCACAAUAAAGCACAGUCUGUAGACUGAUGCGUGUACAUAGAUUCAAUUAUGAAAGAACAAACACGGUGGAAUGGGUACAUGCCCAAUUUCC